UACUAUUAAAUUAGAAGAUCAGGUUUUUAUUACACUUAUGAAGUUAAAGCAAAAUUACACAAAUCUUCAUUUAGCUCAAUUAUUUUCCUGUAGCAUUGCAACAAUAAUAAUCAAACAUCUUAACAUUUGUUCACGUCCUCCACAGUCUUUUAUUCAAUGAUAUAAUGACCAGCAUCCCUUCAAGAGAUAAAAAUAAGACAUGCUCACCAUCAUCCUUUUCACAGUUUAGUAGCUGUAGAAUAGUCAUUGAUUGCACUGAUAUUGAGGUAGCAACUCCAAGUCUAAUGAAGGAUCAAAAUGCUACUUAUUCUAGCUACCGAAGUAUGAAUUCUUUUAAAUUGUAGCCCCAAAUGCAGUCAUAACAUGUGAGCAAACUGUAUCCAGGUUCCAUCUCUGACAAAGAAAUUGUGGAAAAGUCAGGAUUGCUUAGACACCUUGUAGCAGGUGAUUUGAUAUUAGCUGAUAAGGGUUUUUUAAUAAAGGACAUUGUUCCUCAUGACGUUUCAGUUAAUAUCCCUCCAUUUCUUAAUAAUGGAAAAUUUACUGAGAGUGAGGCCAAGUCUACUAAGUCAAUCUCCAAGUGUAGAAUACACGUAGAAAGGGCGAAUGCCAGACUUAAGGAUUUUAAAAUUCUUUCUUUCAUACCAUCAUACUUUAGAUGUUAUGUUGAUGAAAUAUUCCAAUUGUGUGCCGGCCUAGUAAACUUACAAUUCCCACUUAUCAAAGAAGGAUGUGAAGGCACAGAGGGAUUUGAAUAACAAGUCAUUUACAAAAAUACUUAAAAUUAUUGUACUAAAUAUGUCUGAUAUUAAAAAUAAAAAUAAGAAUGUAACUUGUUCAUAUUUACAUUGAAAUGAAAUAUCACAAUAAGACCUUAAUUUGUAUCUCAAUAAAUCAAAUACUUGAAUGAUAAGACAAAUUCAAAGCAUUUAUAAGAUAUUAAAGAGUAGUCCAUA